UGGAGGAUGAAGAGCAGAGAGAGGUGCGUCUGGCACGACUCGCUGAAGAAGCUCGAAUCCGAAGAGGGCUGGAGGAUGAAGAGCAGAGAGAGGUGCGUCUGGCACGACUUGCUGAAGACACUCGAAUUCGAAGAGAGCUGGAGGAUGAUGAGCAGAGAGAGGUGCGUCUGGCACGACUUGCUGAAGAAGCUCGAAUCCGAAGAGAACUGGAGGAUGAAGAGCAGAGAGGGGCCCGUCUGGCACGUCUUGCUGAAGGCGCUCGAAUCCGGAGAGAACUGGAGGAUAAUGAACAGAGAGAGGUCCGCCUGGCUGGACUCGCUGAAAGCGCUCGAAUUCGAAGAGAACUGGAGGAUAAUGAACAGAGAGAGGUCCGCCUGGCUGGACUCGCUGAAAGCGCUCGAAUUCGAAGAGAGCUGGAGGAUGACGAGCGCAGGGAAGUGCGCUUGGCAGAAGUUGCUGAACGAGCUCGGGUUCGAAGAGAGCUGGAGGGUGAUGAAGACAGAGAAAUGCGCCUGGCAAGUCUAGCUGCAAGAGCUCGAGCCCGAAGGAGCUCAGAGGACGAGGAGCAAAGGGUCAGUAGAUUGACGCAAGAAGCGGAAAGAUCGAGAAUGCGGAGGCAGCUAGAAACUGAAGAAAAUCGAGAGGCCCGCAGGGCGGAAGAUGCUACCAGAGCCAGG